AGAGCAACUGGAGGUUCUGUGGGAGGAGGCAGCAGGGUCUACAGGACAAGGACCAGGGACCUGAAGGCCUACUGCCAACCAGCAGCCAUGCACACCUGUCCCUGGGUGCCUCCCAGCAUGGUCCUCAGAAUGCUUGGGACCCUCCUGCUCGUGGCCACCUCCCUGAGUACUCAGAAUGGAAAGUGGGACAGGCCCAUCUGCACGGAGGGCGAGGUGUUCGUGUCCAGGGGAGAGAGGGCUGUGCUGGCCUGCAACAGCUCCAACGCCCUCAGGCACGUCACCAUCCAGCUGAGCGCUCAUGGGGAGACCAGGACCAUCUUCAGCGAGGCAACCCCAGGAAGCUUCUCCCAAGAAGGGUGGCAGCUCCAGGUGCAAGGGGGCCUGGCCCAGCUGGUGAUCCAGCCUGCCCAGGAUGCCCACGCAGGGCUGUACCUGUGGCAACUUCACGGGCUGCAGAGAAACAAAAAGAAAACCAGGCUGAACGUCUUGGAGCCCCAGCAGGAGCAGGAGGUGGAGCCAUGUCCAGCGCUAUCUACAUCUUGCUGGAGUGUUUCACCAUUGUCACCAGAGCCUCUCCCACCUGGCACCUUGCACCCCUACCUCCCAUUCUCCCUCAUGGGUACCCCCGUGGAAAGGUAG